AUGACCAAAGUCAAAAAGGACAAGCGGGAGAAGUCGACGGCAAACGAAGUUGUUACCCGCGAAUACACGAUAAAUCUGCACAAGCGCAUUUAUGGAAUAACUUUCAAGAAACGUGCCCCGAGAGCCAUUAAGGAAAUAAAAAAAUUUGCCGUCAAACAAAUGGGUACCCCAGAUGUUCGAAUCGAGACUCGACUAAACAAGCAUGUAUGGCACAAAGGCAUUAAGAAUGUACCGUUUCGAGUUCGCGUACGAUUGAGCCGACGUCGCAACGAAGACGAAGAUUCCCCGCACAAGUUGUACACCCUUGUCACCUACGUGCCGGUCACAUCUUUCAAAAGUAGGCUGCUGUUUCUACAGUUGAAAUUUAUUGCGUAA